AUGAUGUUAGAACAUGCUAUAAGAUUUAAUGAUGAAGAUCAAACAAUAGAAGAUGCAUAUCUCCAUGUAAUAUCUUAUUUAAUUGAUACAUUAUCAAAAAGUUCAGAUGAAAAUUUUUGUUAUCAAACAAGUUCAUUAUUACUUAAAUGUUCAGUUGAAUUAUCACAUCAACCAAUAACAAUACCAUAUUUAUUUUGGCAUAUAUGGUUUCGUUGUUCAACACAUUUAAUUAAUAUUCUUAAUCGUUCAUUAACAUUUGAAUUAAAUAAUAAAAUUGAUAAUCAAAAACAAGAAACAUCUAUUGAAUUAUUAUUACGUCCAUUUAGUUUUAAUGAUAUACAACGACUUGAUUAUUCUUAUACAUUAUUAUGGACACAAUUAUUUAAAGCAUUAUGUCGUUUAACAUUAAUAAAUAAUGAUCAAUCAAAACAUUUUUUAAUACAUUUACUUGCUGAAAUACUUCGUAAUGAACCAGUAUUUGAACAAGCUAUUUAUGAUCAACAUAAUCAACGUUUAUUUGGUUUUAUUUUAAUUAUUAUAAAAACAAUAUUAAAAACAUUAUCAGAUAUUGAUUUAUCAGCUAUAUUUGAUCGUUCAAAUAAUAAUAAUAAUAAUAAUAAUUUUGUUUAUUUAUUAUCAAAUAAUACACAAAAACGUUCAUUAUCAUCAUCAUCAAUAAUACUUUGUUUAACACAAAUAUCAAUUAUAAUUAAUCAUAUAUUACAACGUUUAUUAUCUAAUAAUGAAAAUAAUAUACAAUAUAUAUAUGUUUGUUAUUGUUUAUUAAAAACAAAUAAAUUUUCAUCAAAUGAACAAACAAAAUCUAUUGUAUUUACAUAUAUACGUGAUAUUAUUGUUGAUUUAUUAAAUUUAUGUAAAAUAUAUUCACAUGUUGAAAUUAUAUUUCAAAAUUUAACACAACUUAUAUCAUUUCUUCAUUUAUAUGAACAAAUAAUAAAUACAAAUUUAACAAUUGGUUCAUCACCUAAACAACAAACAGAUAAUGUUAUAUUAAAUAAAAUUUUAACAAUUAUAUCUUUAGUUUUUGAACCAUCAAAUAGUUCAUCAUUACUUCAACUUAUUUAUCCAUUAUUAAUACUUGCUUUUCGACAUAAUAAAACAAUAAUGAGAAAUAAAACAAAAAAAUGUUGGAAUGAAACAUUUGGACGAUUAAAAUUUAUUGUCUAUCCAAAUGAACUUAGAAUGUGUCUUCGUGAAUUAAAAGACAAAGAACAUUUAUUAUUACCAUGUUUUCUUGCCGAUCACGAUAAUAGUAAUACAGCUGGUAGUGGACCAGCACCAAGUAGUAAUGAUGAAAGUCAAUUAUCUCAACAAGUUGAUAUUGCUACACCAUUAAUUCCACCAAGUAUAAAUAAUCAACAACUAACAAAACCAUCAUCACCAGCGCGUUUCGCAUCUCCAUCAUUACCGUCCAUUCGUUCAACAAAUAACGAUAAGAAUGAACUAAUAUAUGUUCCUAUAAUAAAUAACAUCAAUCAUAAUAAUCAAUCUGAUACACCAGUUGUUAUUAGUAAACGUAUACCAUCAACAAGUACAUGUUUAACAGAAAAGCAAAAAGAAAAAUUACGUAAACGUCAAAUAAUACCAUUACUUUGUGAUGAUAUGGGUAAUACACAAUCAAAUUCAUGUACAAUUGAUACACCAACUAUUGAAAAUAUGAUGACGAAUUAUCAACUUCGAAAUGAAAAUAAACAAAUAACAAUAACAACAACAGCAAAUGUAUGUCUUUUUAAACAAACAACAUCAAAUCUAAUACAAGAAAAUAAUUCAACUAAAGAAUCUAUAAUAAAAUCAGAUGAAAUAGAAAAAUCUAUUGAACAUAUUCCUGAAGAAUCAUUAUCAAUAACAAAAAAAUUACGUCGUUCAUGUCGUCCAUCAUUAUCAGCAAGAAAAAGUUUAAUUGAUAAUACAAAAAAAAAACGUACACAUCCAUUAACCAAUGAAUUAACUAAAAUAACAACAUCAAUUAUAUCAACAAAUAUAAUUGAUACACAAAACGAACAAAUAAAAAAAUAUCCCAUUAAAAGUAUUCUUAAACGUUUAUCACCAACAAAACCACGACAAGAUCAAACACGUCGAGUUGUUUUUCAUGAUCAAGUUAAAGUUUUCGUAUUUGCAUCACCAUCACGUCGUGAUUCAAAUUCACAACAAAAAAAGAAAAGUCCAAAUAAAGAUGAUAUGAAAUCACCAACAAGAAUCAUACCUAAAGAAAAUCUUCCAUUAAGAAAACAAUCAAUAACAACUAGAAGUUUAAAUACAAUGACUAAUACUGAACAAAUUAUUGUAUCAUCACCAAUUAAUUGUAAUAAUAAUAAAACACGUUCAUCAAAAUUAUUUCAUCCAAAUGAUGCUUUAGCUGAUUGGACACAAAAUCAUGAAAUAUGUCAGGUAAAGUUUUAA